AUGACCACUACGGCAGUCAACUUCUUUAUUUGUGAGUCUUCAUCAUUUAUUUCUCUUAUCAAGAGGAUUCAGGGUGAUAGCCCAUCCACUCAUGUUGAAGGAGGUUCUUCCAAAUGGGCUCUUCUGUUAAAGGGUGCUAGUCGGAGGCUCUUACUCCUUUAUUUUGGCUUCCUGGUGUGGUUCACAUACCUUGUUCAUGGCGCAUCCCUUGUUUCUAUGGUGACUACUGGCAAAGACGACAUGUUGAGAUCUAGCGGCGUUUCUAGGGAGUGGGAUGAGCUAAAGGAAAAAGAUGGAUCAAUACAGUUCUCCAUCAAUUUUAGCUGCUCGGAUACUGAGGGAGAGAAACGUUGGAAGAAGGCUUAUGAAGAUAUGGAAGAGGCAUGUCCUAGAUUCAAAGUGGAUCAGAAAGCUCUUCAACAUAAGGACAAUGAUUGGGCAAAAUAUUUGAAGGGCCUUUGGGAAGAUCUAGUUGUUGCACGAUAG